AUGUCCAACCGCGUUGAAAGGGAGGCCGAGGACGACUACGAGGCUGAGAACGACCCUGCUCCCGUUUCGGACGAGAUUGUGGACAAUACGUACCUGGGCGAGACAAACCCGAACCUGAGGAAUCAGAUUCCUGUCCAGGCCGACGAGGAUGACUAUGAGGAUCCCAUGCAGCCUCCGUAUUCUAACACCGAUGAGCAGCUCGCGGACGAUGACGACGAGGUGGUUGAUCGGUCCAAUGUGUUGAAGGGAGAUCGGCUGCGCCAUGCCAAACCCCAAACAGCAAAUAGGUACAGCGAGGGUCCGAACGAAGAUGAUCUGCCAUCAGACAUCCGUGAUGGUUUAUCCGGUGUCUCGGGCGUGAAGCGGCUGUCAUAG